UAAUGGCAAAUGUCAAAAAAGUAACCUAAAAAUUUUGACACGAGGUGUUGUGCGUGUCUUUUCCUUUCUUUCUCGCUUUUUACUCGAACAUGGGUAUUAGCCGUGAUAGUGCACACAAGCGCCGUUCAACUGGUGGCAAGCGCAAGUCGCUUCGCAAGAAGCGCAAGUUCGAGUUGGGUCGCCCCGCCGCCAACACCAAGCUCGGCUCCAGCCGCGUGCACUCUGUGCGCACUCGUGGAGGCAACAGCAAACUGCGUGCCCUGCGCCUGGAGAACGGCAACUUUGCCUGGGCCUCUGAGGGUGUUGCCCGCAAGACUCGUAUCGCUGAUGUCGUCUACAAUGCGUCCAACAACGAGCUGGUGCGCACCAAGACACUGGUGAAGAACAGCAUUGUGGUCAUCGACGCGACGCCAUUCCGCCAAUGGUACGAGUCCCACUACGUGCUGCCCUUGGGACGCAAGCGCAACCCCAAGCACGCACAGAAGGAGGAUGAGAACGAUGUGCUGACCAAGAAGCGCAGUGAAAAGGUCAUGAAGAAGUACCUGGAGCGUCAAAAGUUUGGCAAAGUUGAGCAGGCGUUGGAGGACCAGUUCACUUCUGGCCGCAUCUUGGCCUGCAUUUCUUCCCGCCCCGGUCAGUGCGGUCGCUCCGACGGCUACAUUCUGGAAGGCAAGGAAUUGGAGUUCUACCUUAAGAAGAUCAAGUCUAAGAAGUAAAGGCACUCUAGAUAAGCUUGCAAGCGCAGCGCUCAGAUGAUCAAUGGACUUGCAAAGAAAAAAAAAUAAAAACCGAUUCUUUUGAUAGAAGAAU